GCCGUCCGUGUCCAGGCUGCCUCUUUCAAAGUGUCGGGCAGCCGCCUGGGUGGGGAAGGCUUCCCACAGCAGCCUCCAUCACCCUUCAAAACCUCUUUUAUUCCCGGGGUAAUCUGCAUCACUUGGUUAAAUGUUUUCAGACCACCAACAUGUGCUUUGAUACAGUAAAAUGCAAGCUAGUACACUGGGGAGCACAAGAGUACCAGCUAUGCCAAUAGGGUGGAAGACUGUCUUGUAAAACUGUAUGACUUUGGAAAGGACGUCAGGGUCAAAUAAUUGCUUCAACACAAACUACCAGUGCAGCCUGUGCCUAAAAGGCUGGUAUGAUCUCUGAAUGUCUCCAAAAAGGCGAGUUAGGGAAGGGCUGUUCGUUGUCUUUGCAGCACUGGACAACAGCAUUCAUUCGGUUCUGAGGUCUGUGCUUCCAAGGUUGGUGGAGGGAAAAAAGGACAGAAGAAACGGGGAGGGAAUAAAACCACAAAAGUCAUCCGGGGGAUGAAAAAAUAAGAAUUAUAGUGGGAGGGCUGGGGAGCUAAGCUUACAUAGUGUAUUAUGCUUAAGGCAAAAUGUGAAACACUGGAAGUUGGAAUAAUGGGGGAACGUGAAGGUGCAGUCAGUCUUUGCUGACCUUCUAAGUUAUAAUGAACAGGAAACUGGGGAGAUUUUUAAAGCCAUUGAGUGACUCAUGAAGUGCUACAUUCUGUGAGUAGAGAGAGACACCUUGAAGAUUCUUCAAACUCCUUGAUUGCUUAUUUGAAGAAGCACUUUUGAAAUUCUUGCUUACAUUGGUGACCAGCAGAGAGCUGGUAGAUCUGGAGGGUAGAUCUGUGUUUCAUCACUGUGAGACCAGGAACUCCUUGGUCAAGUCCUGUUUCACAGAUCCUCAUCUGCAAAACGCUGUGCAAGUUCAGUGUAAGAGGAAUCAGAUUCGGAGACUGUUUGUCAGGUACUGGGUUAAUAAUCCAAGAUUUAUAGGUUCAACUCGAACAGCAGACAAGCUCUAAUCAGCAGCCAGGUUCAAAAAUGACUCACCUGCUAUGCCUGGGAAAUUGUCUUGACUACAGCAGUGGAACCCUGACUGGCGACCUCUGUGAAGACCUGUGUGUGGCACAGAAGCUGGUGUACAAGCACUGCCUUUACUAUGACAGAGGUAAGAAGGUCAUCCAGGCUGACUGGAGAGGCCAGCCCAUCAUCCUGAAAUCCAAAAAGGAAAUCUUCUCCAGUUAUGAGCAUCUCAGUAUGCUAGAGGAGGUGGAAACACAGGAUAUUCCUGAAACAGAGCUUCUACUGAUGGUAGCCUUGGAGGUCAAAAAUGUCCUGGGGCUAGAACUGUCUAACAAUACCAUGGGGCCCCUGUGGACAAGGAAGAAGGGACCACGCUGGAAAGCACAGGUGGCCAGCAUGUGGUCCUUGCUCCAGCAGGAAGAAUAUAUCUACUUCAGUUUGCUGCAGGACUUCAGCAAACACGUGCUGCGAAUUAUUGGCUCUUGUGGACACUUUUAUGCUGUGGAGUAUCUCACAGCUGGACAUGCCUGGCAUAAAACUCUUUUUCCCUUGGAAAAUGUGGUCGGUCCCUCCCUUGCUGGCCACAGAAGCAAGGUGAGAGCCAUCAUUGACAUUGCGCUCAGCUUCCUGGACAUGGUGCAGCAUUUUGAUAAUGACUUCUCUCACCGACUUCACCUGUGUGACAUCAAACCAGAAAACUUCGCUAUCAGGCAUGAUCUCACGGUGGUCGCUAUUGAUGUGGAUAUGGCCUUUUUUGAACCCAAAAUGAGGGACAUCCUUGAACAGAACUGCACAGGAGACGAAGAUUGUAAUUUUUUUGAUUGCUUUUCAAAAUGCAAUCUGAAAAUCAGAAAAUGUGGGGCACAGAGAGCCAAUAACAACUUGCAAGUAAUUUGUGACAAAAUAUUCCGUCGCUGGUUUUCCCCAAAUCUCAGAGGACCGUUGGUUUCCCUCCCCCUGCAGCUGCAGCUGCAGAAGGCUGUGCAGGAGUGUGCCGAGCCGGGGCACGUGGACGCUGCCGGGCACCAGAGGACUCUGAAAUCUCUCUCCGAGUUAUACCAGCUGCUUCAGGUCACUCAGCGAGAACUGCAAAGGGCAGAGUAGACACAAAAGGCAGAACUGCAAGGACCGCAUCCCAGCCACUGCUAAGGGACACUGUGUACAAGGCAGCCCAUGUUUUCUUUCUCUCUCACUCUUUCACCCCUCCUACCCAUUCUAUUACAUUUACAGCACAGCAAUUGUUUUUCUCCUAUGCAAAUGAAAUUCAUGGCUGCAGGUGCAGCAAGUCCUGUUAAUAUCCUUUCAAGUGUGAAAUUGUUUUACAUUACCUGCAUUCGUUCUUGCUUAUUUUCCUGAGCUCCUGCUAGCCCUCUCCAUCAGCAUUCAGCGCAUCGUUUGCUUACCAAGAGCUGUAGUCACUGCUCAGAUAGCAUCUGUCUGCGUGCGGUGCUCAGGGUGAGGGUGCAUUUACAGAAGAAAAGUGUGAGUGCAGCAACACAAAUGUCAAUAAUUAAUACAGUGGGUAGGUGGCUGUGGAUAGGUACAUGCAUGGUGUUUGUUUUAAUUUCUCUGUAGAAUAACGGUUUUUUAAAUUAGGGACGGAGAGCUCUGUGUGAAAAAACAGUCUCAAAUAGGGAAAUGUAUUGUCACACGAGUGAAGAGUUGCUUUCGUACAAAGCAGUCCCUUCCGAUGUCCCCGAAGGCAUUUUCUCUGGUGUGUUGCAUUACCUGUGCCGUAGCUAAUUUUCUGGGGAGAAAUUGUACAAAGGUACUUAGGACUCUUUUAAAGCAAAAUAAUUAUAACCCUUGCUGAGUUCCCAUGUGGGUACUUAUAUUCUGCAGUGGAGAGGUACGAAUAAUGCCACCGAAUUUUCCCAUGUGAACAAGCCCUUAGGCACUUGUACAUCAGACCACUUGAUAAGAAGCACUCCUUUGCCAGAGAGCAGAAUCACCCAGGAAUGCCAACAAUCUGUCCUUUGCACUGAACAGAACAAUAUCCAGACCCAUAGUUUUCUUACAGAGUUGUUUUUUUUUAACGAAGAAAGGGAAAUUUUUCAUAAGAAUUCAUUAUUUUGCAAUCAGUUACAUAAAUAAAGAUCCCUAGAUUAACUUAAAAUCAUUAACUUUGCCUUUAAAACAUGUGUAGCUGUGGCUGGAGAAUCUAACGUACGGGUUCAGAAGACAUUGCAUGUGUUUAGGCCCAACAUUGUGCAAUAUACUCCUGAGCUGGUUUUGGCGUGAACACAUCACAAAAGCAACAAACAGAAAAACCAGCAGCCUGUGACCGCCCUCAGCUCAGAAGGACGCUGCAAUAUUAAGAUUGACAAUGCUGGUUUGUGGGUGUGAGACACAUAACAGCACCUCAUCUUUUUUGGUUUUAUAUCCCUCAGCCUUAUGACAACCCUGAAGCCUGUGAGCACUAAUUAUACAUAAACUUUCCAUUUCUGGAGUGGUUUCUUAAAUGGAUGUUAAAUUGCCUGUGACCAGAAAAAUGUAAGCUGCUUAGGAGACCUUAACACUUACCCAAAACUAGCUCAAAUUUUCAGACUAGUGCUAGGUUUUUUUCUAUUCCUUGCAAUAAGCUACUGUAAUUUUAAAAAUCACACAAGCUCUCAACAAGCUCAUAGCGAGGACAACGUUGGCUGCCUUGCCUGGGGCUCUACUGAAGACAAGCUGCUGCUAAGCUAGAGCUACAGGUUAGGAGAUCCUGACCGGUAAAGUUGUGCUCAGCCCACACUUCUCUAACCAAGGAGACAGACAAUGCUUCAAUACUUUAAGAUCACCCUUGGCAGAAGCAGGAAGGCAAAGCAGAAUAAGAGGAAACCCAAAUUCCAGAACAAGCCCUGUUACAAAGUCGUCAAACUGAUAGAGAAGAAAAUGAGUAAGGAUAGAAUCAGAUUAUGGUAAAGAGUUGGGGGCAGAUAAAGUAUCGGGUAGAAAGAAGAUGAGGAAGAAUGAAGGAGAAAUAGGAAAAAUGAAGUAAAAAAUAUGGCCCACUUUGUGAAAACUUGAUUUAUGACAUAAAAGCAAAUAAACUGGCAUUUAGUCUGAGGAAGAAGAGACUGAAGAGAGCAUGGUAACAUUAUUCAGAAACAGAAAGAGGCUGAUAAAAAGACAGUAGAACUGUCCUGUCCAGAUUUCGUUGGUGGAUAUGACAAGCAAUGAGCUUAAAUUGUAGCAAGGAAAAUUCUGGCUAGACAUUUUCUACAGGCUUUCUAAUAGUAAGAAGCAGUGGAGAUAUGGCACAGAUCAUUCGGGAAGACUUCAGUCUUCAUAAGUUGUGAUUUUUAACUACAGACAAGAGUGAGCGUCUGUCAGGAAUGAUGUACAUGCAGCUACAUUGAUGAUCCUGCCUUUAGGUAGCCUUUUAUCUCCAAGUCCUGUGAUUCUGUUAUUUUACCAGCUUAUGUUUUUGCUCUUGUGACUCCCUCACAACAAAAUCCACCCUUCUGAGACACGGGGAUGGGUAACUCUCCUUUACCUUCCAUGUGCAAAUCCACGGGGUCCCCUGGGAAGGGAAAGCACAGAAGUCUCCUGCUGUGCAAAUUAUGCUACAGAGCCUGGUGGUGUGAUCAGGGUUUGUGUGUUCCCCACAUGACCUCCCUGCUGAAGGCACUGAUCCUUGCUAGGUCAGCGUGAUGUGGUCUGUACCCCCAAUGCUGCUGGGGAACCUGAAGAUCUUCUACGUUAUCCGUUUCCUGUUUCCUUGGUCCCAUGAAUUCUUUCCUGCUUCCCAAGCCUGCAGGAUGCCCUCAGGGAAAAGCAAGCAUCACGCAGACACUCGGUGCUUGCGGCAGUGUCACGCUCCAGCGUGGCAGGGCUCCCCUGCCCAUUUUCAGGUUUGCAUUUCAAACGGGCUAAAUUUCUGUUGGAUGUGUGGUUUCAGUUUUAAAACAGGUGGAAAAAAAACAUAGUGAAAUGAAACCAGCCAAACGCUGGUGGAAUGUCACUCUGCUCAGAAGGUCCUUCUCUUUGGCAGGUGUGAGGAAGGGACGCUGCCUUUGACAGAUUUCUCCAGCCCCCCCAGGGCCUGGCUGCAGCUGCCUCCACCUGGCAGGGACCUGAAUCCCCCACACCACACCCUUUCCCAGGUCAUUAGGUUUCACUUCUUCUUUUCAGGAUACAGAGAAAAAUCCUCAGAAACCUCUCAAGAGCAACACAAGUGGGCUAUUUGUACUUGGCUGGGCUGUGAGAUUGCAUAUCGCUGAUGCAGCCAGCUCUGGCUGGCUUUGGAACACCUUCACCGGUGAGUGGGAAGACAAGGAGAAUCUGACAGGCUGUGUGAACACAGGGCUUGAUUCUUCAGUGCCCCCUGCGUGCCUUCUAAAGUCACUCAAACCUGGGAAAUGGGAGAGAAACAUACUACCAGUGAAGCAAAAUAAAUAUUCUGGCUUCUUUAGCACAGGUACCACUGAUGAAACCAGGAAUAAAACAGUAGUCAUGCCUUUCUCUCCCUGGGACAGAAAGAAAAAAAGUGAAGGUGCUGGUUUAAUUGCCAUUUACCUUAAAGAGACACGUGUAAACUGCAUUAUUUUACACCCAUCUUUUAUGUCGGAAAUCUCUAUACAGGUAUCUGACAACGAAGAACCAGGCUCACACGUCCCUUCCAACACAGCCCUUUUUGUACUGCCUUGGCAGCACUGCCCACCAAAACCAGCCCUGGCAUAAAGAGACACCCAGCUGGCUCAUACUUCCGAGGGCACAGCCAGGUCAGGCGGGUGUUGAAUGAGAGUCCCGUGUGCUGUUGAACCCGGGCUGUUGGCACAGUUCGUUGCAAUACAACAGCCAGCAGUGAUAGCUGGGAAAUUCUGCAGUGAAACAGUCCUGGGGUAUGUUCAGAAAAUUAACAAGUUGUCAAAAAUUAAAUCAUGCACUACGAGAGUCUCCUUAAAAAAAAAAACCAACCCCAAGACACAAGAAAUCCUCAGUUUGAAAUGCUUUUAGGUCAGUUUUGAAAAUAUCUAACAUACUCAGUUUUGACAGUUCCUAUAGGGAAAAAUCUGCAGGUUAUUUUCCCAAUUCUAGUUAAUUCAUACUGAAAAGGUUUGCAAAAUAAAAAGAUGAAGAUUGAAAUGACUCACAGUUUAAAAAACAGUGUUUUGCCUGCUCUAUGAAGUGAAGCUGGUUAGUAACCCCAUCACUUUCUGAUGUUUACUUUUCAUCCCGAUUCAGACGAGAAAUUUCACAAAAGCUCAAAAUCUUUUGCAGAGAAUUUUUCACCCAGCCCCAGUGGUCAGAUCUGGACAAGAGGAAGUCCACAUAUAGUUUUUGAAGUCACCUUUGCUUCAUACUUAAUUUUUUGUGUACUGUUUGUGACUUUAACUUGGGCUGCAAGGGUUUCUGCUUGAUUUCUCUCACUUUCAGGUGUCUCCAAAGCACCUGUCUACUGGCAUCCCUGUUUGGUGUCUAGCUCACUGCAGCUUUGUGAAAUCAUGGACUACAUAAGAUUCUUUGCACUGUUCAUCCCCUCCAUAUAAAAGAUGACUCCUCUUAUAUAGGUUCACUAAUAGCAUUUGGCUGCAUUGGGAAUGGCCACUUAAUCCAAGACGGCUGUUCCCAUUCAAUUGAUCUCAGCCCCAUCUCUUUGCUCAGUCAGUCCGUUCCUGAAUCCUUUUCGCCCUAUAAAAGUGGCACUACCUCUUGAUUAAUUUCUACCACUUGCUACAUUAGUGCCUUACUCAGCAACUUUCUCCCCAUAUUUAUGGCUCUCUGUGGAACAGGAAUGGCAUUGAGUCAUUGUUUAUUCCUUCUUUGCAUCUCAGUUACCAGCAUGUGCUUCAACUCUUCAAUAAUCUAAAUACACUGUCUUUUCCCACAUUUUACAGAAGGUGAGUCCAGUUGGAGGCCUCACCUUUAGGAAAGAUAAAUUCAACCCUUUGCUCAGGAUUUUCACAGAACCACUACUUCUUAAAUGCAGAUUUUUGUCCAAUUGGCAUCGUGUGCUCUGCAAAAACAUCCGCAAGCAAUAGUCCUGCACUAGGGUGAUGUGAAACAGAGCAAAACUUCUUAGCCCAAAGGAUUUCUGUGGCCUCCCUUGUGUUUUGAGGUUGACUUAAUGGUGACUAACCCAGAACUGCAGGUCAUUGCCAUAGCCACAGUUCUUCAUAUAGAGACUACUACGCCCUAGUGUGAAUUCACUGACCCUCUGUUCGCUGAGAGCAUUGAGAUACACUACUCAAGUCAACAGAUAUAACUAGAGAUAUUCGGGACAGGGGGAGAAGAAAGGGAAGGG